GGCGUCGUCCGCGCGAUUUCCGGCCUCUCGGCUUUCGGCUCGGAGGGGGCGAAGGUGCAACUUUCUUCGGUCGUCCCGAAUCCGGGUUCAUCCGACACCAGCCGCCUCCACCAUGCCGCCGAAGUUCGACCCCAACGAGAUCAAAGUCGGUGCGUGCUCUAGUUGUGGCCGGGGCUGCGGGAUGGACCUUCCCUCGGCCCCGCCGCACGUGCAAAGCUUUCUAAUAUGGGGCUCUGAAAGCCGCUGCCUCCUAGAGGCCUUCCCGGUGCUGCGCCGUCCUGGCCAAGCCUCAGUCUCUCUGGGCCUUAGCUUCUCCACGUGUAGGUGGGGAGGGAGGACCGAACCACCUGUGGCGGCUUGGGAGCCCGUAGGCCCUAGGGUAAGGCUUGUCUUCGGGCGUUUCGACCCACUGGCCUGGGUUCGCGGGCGACGGGGCUCUCUCCACGCCUCCGCGGUGUGAGGUUCGGAGCUGCCCACGCACGAGGGAGGAGCGGGUGGCCGGCCUCACUCUCGGUGCUGUUUGGAGAAGAGGCAGAGGGUGGUGUGUCCAGCCCCGGAAAGAUGCUGAGAGGGCUGUGGCUCGGGGGCUCCCUCUGCAGCGACACUAACCCUUCUUUUCCUCCAGUAUACCUGAGGUGCACCGGAGGUGAAGUCGGUGCCACUUCUGCGCUGGCCCCCAAGAUCGGCCCCCUGGGUCUGUCUCCGAAAAAGGUUGGUGAUGACAUUGCCAAGGCAACGGGUGACUGGAAGGGCCUGAGGAUUACAGUGAAACUGACCAUUCAGAACAGACAGGCCCAGAUUGAGGUGGUGCCUUCUGCCUCUGCCCUGAUCAUCAAAGCCCUCAAGGAACCACCAAGAGACAGAAAGAAACAGAAAAACAUUAAACACAGUGGGAACAUCACUUUUGAUGAGAUCAUCAACAUUGCUCGACAGAUGCGGCACCGAUCCUUAGCCAGAGAACUCUCUGGAACCAUUAAAGAGAUCCUGGGGACUGCCCAGUCUGUGGGCUGUAAUGUUGAUGGCCGCCACCCUCAUGACAUCAUAGAUGACAUCAACAGUGGUGCUGUGGAAUGCCCAGCCGUAAGUGACUUUUUUGCUUCAUUUUCCAUUGUUACAAUAGGGGCAAAAGGGGGGCCACCCAAUGUAUUCACAGAGAUAAGCUGGGAAGUUUUGGAAAUGGUCACUGGUGGGGUUGGAAUAAUCCUUUUAAACUUUCCCUUUUACUGAUAGACUUUUUUUCCUUUCCCACAGAGUUAAGCACAAAGGAAAGUAUUUCAAUAAAGGAUCAUUUGACAACUGGUGG